CUCACGAAACUGCACAUGGUGUAGCAUUCAAGGAAAGACCGAUUGGAAGCCUGGGAACCCUGACUUCUUGCAGUUGGGUCGCAAGGUCCGCUGACAGCGCCAUCUUCAAGAAAAGAAGCUGGCUCUUCUACGGUACCAUACCACAGCACCGUUGGCCCAGCGCUUGGCCGGGUCUUGUCACGCGACCGGGCCUAAAUGCUCAAAGCUCUCUUUGCCAAAGAGGACCCUAAAGAGUCAGUGCGGAAAUGGCAAGCCACACUAAGGGCGGAGCAACGUGGCUUGGACAGGCAAAUUCGCGACAUUCAGUUUGAGGAGAAGAAAAUCCACAAGUCGAUCAGGGAGGCGGCGAAGCGGGGGGACAUGGGGUCUGCGAAGCACCUGGCAAAGGAGAUCGUGCAGAGCCGGAAGGCGGUUUCCCGACUGUAUGUCAACAAGGCACACAUGCAGAGCCUUAAUACCGCCUUGACGGAACAGCUGGCCAUGCUGCGUGUGGCUGGCACGCUGAGCAAGAGCACCGAGGUCAUGAAGCAGGUGAACACGAUCAUCAAGGCGCCGGAGCUGCAAAAGACCAUGAUGGAGAUGUCCAAGGAGAUGAUGAAGGCGGGGCUGAUCGAGGAGAUGAUCAGCGACGCAAUCGACAGCGCCGUGGGUGGCGAGAACGAGGAGGAGGAGACUGAGGAGGAGGUCCAGAAGGUGCUGGACGAAAUUGCGCUGGACAUGACUGCCAACCUACCGGCGGCACAGCGUGCCAAGGCCAAGCAGCAGGCGGCCGCGGAGCCGGAGGAGGAGGAGGACAUGGCAGAGCUAAGGGCGCGGCUGGAUGCUGUCAAGGCGUGAGGUGUUGGGGCCAUGAGCACGGGCAUGGGCACGGUGCUGCUAUCUGAUGGGGAGGCGUACAGGGGGGUGGCGGCAUUCGGCAUCUUGCACAGCGUAGGUGUGCGGCGUGGGUAUGCGGGUUGAUUGGGGACACCGGGAGCCCUGUUGCGAGUUAUUGGCGUAGGAAGAGGAAGAGAUGAUUGGGUUUCGGGCCACCUGACUAGGAGCACCAGGUUGCGCUGUGUAGGCCAGUGGAGUGGCUCGUUGUGGAGAGGGUUUGACCGUUGGCGUAUGACAAGAGGAAACUGAGCCGCGAUGCAGCUCAUGGAAGGCCGGCAGGAGAACCCGCGGGGGCGAAGGGCAAAGAGGACCCUAAAGUGCCUCCCGUGAGUGCCUCCCCUGGUGGCAUCGAUGGUUGGCCAGUCCACCGGCCCUCGCAAGUCUUCAUGU